CCACCAAGGAAAGCUCUUUUAACCUGAACAUAAGCCCCUCGGCGCAAAGCAAACCAUCCUAGUAUCACGAUGGCAUUCAGCAGUAAGUCCCCAUCCCAGCCCUACGAUCCACCCCACCUAUAGCGCAUUGACUAACCCUGCAUCCUGAAGGAGUGUUACUGGGCUUUCUCGGCCUGUUCUUCACAGCGGGAGCUCUUUUGCUAAUGUUCCUCACCCUCCUUGGCGGCGCCACCAACACCAGACCCUUGAACGAGAUCUACUUCCUACAAGUCGACACAAGCAACAUCCCCGGCGCACCCUCUUUGUCCCGCUGGACUUUCUGGCAACUAUGCGCCGUCGUCAAUGGAAAGAGUGACUGCGGAUCGUCGCACCCCGACUACCCCUUCGACCCCCCAAGCUCCCGCAACUUUGGCACCACCACCAACAUCCCGGCUGCCUUCAUCGGCACGAACCACUACUUCCUCACCUCUCGCUUCUCCUUCCCCUUCCUCCUCAUCGCCCUAUUCUUCGGCGUGAUCUCAUUCUUUACCGGCUUCCUGGCGAUGUUAAGCCGCAUCGGCGGCUACCUUUCCGCCCUGAUGGCAUGGAUCUCCCUGAUGUUCCAGAUCAUCGCUACCUGCCUGAUCACCGCCGUUUACGUCCAGGGCCGCAACAGGUUCAACGCCAACAACCAAACCGCCCGUCUCGGUGUCAAGGCCUUCGCCUUCAUGUGGACCGCCGUCGCCUGUCUCUUCCUCGCCUGCUUGAUGUACUGCAUGGGUGGCGCCGCCAGGAAGGACAGAGUUGGCAGAGGUAGUGGCUAUACCGGCCGUGGUGCGCGCCAGGAAAAAUGGUUCGCGAGCUCCCGUCGCUCCGGCAGCCUCAGACAUGAUAAGGAAACGGCCCCUUGAAUAAAGCAGGCCGAACCAAGUCUGCCGAUUUCUUUGCGGGGAGGUUAGAGCGGGCCGGAUAUUGUACGUGGGAGAGACUCCUCUGACCCGCCCACUUUUUCCAGAAUUCUUCGCUAUGGCUGGAGAGCUCAUCCGGCUGACGCUCCUCGCU